GGCAACCAAAGGCAGACAGGCAUCGACAUUUCUUCCUUUAUCUAUCCCACACCACUACAGACUGUAACUUAACCUAUUAUCUGUUACUUCAAAGUCUUUGGAAGCAAUAGCACCUUUACGCCAUGACGCGAGUCUCGGUCUACACAACGGCCCUGGCGGCUUUUGUAGCUGCGACUGUUAUGAUUGUGGUUCCGAUAUGGCUUCCAAACUGGUUGACCUAUUCCGUUACUUCGGCCACCGGCGAGACUAUCGAGAGGCACAUCGGUCUACACAAGAGCUGUUCAACGUUGGAUGACCCGUACUGUCGAGACUUUCCUCCCAAGGAUCUAUGUGAAGGAGGAGAGCGAUAUUUCUGUUCUAUGUGGAGGACUGUCGGUUUCCUGGCUUCUUUCACAACUCUGUUGUGUUUGGGCGGCCUGGUGACUUUUGUUGUCAUCAUGAGUGGAGGCAAAUACAAGCGUGAGACAGGAUGGCCUUUUGCCGCCGCCAUGUUGACGCUUGUAUCUGUGGUUGAGUUUGUAUCCAUUUCUAUUGUGGCAUAUCUGUAUGACCAUGACGACCAGUUUACUAUCCCAGGUUGGCAUCUGGAUACCUCCUUUUACCUCAGCACCGUCGGGGCCGCCAUUAGUUUGCUGUCUGCCGUUGGUAUCGCUUUUUCGGCCUACCUGCUUCCUCCCGAGGAAGGAUACGACUUUCUCUCUGACCCGCUCGAUGCUUAGGCGAUGCCCGCUCAUAACAAAUGACCUGGUAUUCAGCUGCUUGUGUUUUCGCUUUUAUCAUCCUCACUGUUCAGGUGUGUCCUAUGACACAGGGUCGUGACAUUCUACCUCAUACAUAAUAAGAGGAUCUGGUCUAGACUAAUAGAGAGGGGCUCUAGGGGUAUGCAUAGUAGAUGUUGGAAAUCGCUUAGAACAUUAUAUACUGUUUCCAAUUCUUUCCGUAGAUUUUAGAAAUCUUCUGCUGUGUUGUCCUGCAACUAUUCUCGUGCAGUUGUCACGACUUGCGAUGGGAACCAGCCUACUAG